CACACACGCACACACACACCCACACCCACACCCACACACAAACUGCCUCUCACACCACUUUACAGCCAGCAAUAGAAAGAGAAGUUAGUGCCUUCAGCAGCAGGGACAAGAUGUCUGGCCAGACUUUUGAACAGAGCCUAAAGUCCAGCAUUGAGCGGGGCAUGAACAUGAAGGAUGAGGAGAAGCUUUACAAGAGAAAUGGGAUCCUCUAUUCCACAAUCAUGAGCCCACCGGCGAAUCUGGAUGCCUUGAAGGACCUGGAGGCCAGGGAGGAUGAUGUCAUGCUGGUGGCAUAUCCCAAAUGUGGCUGUAACUGGAUGGUGGGAGUGUUGAGGAAAAUUAUGACCACAUGUGGAUACACUGUCCCUGACAGGCCCCCACUGAUCGAGUUCUACCCGCCAGACACACAGAAGAUUGUAGCUCAGGCACCAUCAAGGCGGUUGCUUGCGAGUCAUUUGCACCCUGAUGACAUCCCUGUUUCAUUUAAGACCAGUAAAACAAAGAUGUUGGUGGUGUUUCGAAACCCCAAAGACACUGCCGUCUCUUAUUACCAUUUCACAAACAAAAACCCAGUGCUGCCCAAUGCCGAGUCCUGGGACAAAUUCUUCUCCGACUUCAUUACUGGUGAAGUGGGCUGGGGUUCAUACUUUGACCACGCCCUGGGCUGGGAGAAACACAUGGACGACCCUAAUGUGUUGAUUGUGACCUUCGAGGAACUAAAGGAGAACCUACUUGAGGGUGUAAAGAAAAUCGCAGACUUCUUCAGCUUCACCCUGACGGAUGAACAGAUCAAGGCGAUCACCGGAGAGAGCACAUUCAGGGCCAUGCAGUCAAGCUCUGAAACUUCUCAUGGAAAUUUUGCCAGCAUCAUUUUCCGAAAAGGUGAGGUAGGAGACUGGAAGAACCACUUCAGCGAGGCUCAGAGUAAGCAGAUGGAUGAAGAGUUCAAGAAGAAACUGUCAGGAACCAAACUGGGAGCCAAGCUUAAAUACGAAAAGUACUGUCAGUAGUCUGAAAUAUUAAACACUGUGAAACAGGGCUGUUUUUGUUUUAAAACUCUUUUCUCAACAGUGAUUUUUAGGCAUAAAUAAUUAAUACAUUGCACUUUGAGCUCAUAUACAGUACAUUACCUAAUUUAUCUCCAACAUACUGUGUGACUUAGAAUGGUCAAUAUUCUAAUAUUUAUGUACCUGACUGUAUAUAAUAUGGGAAUCAACUCCAGAUCACCUCUGGGCAGUGGUGGCUCAAUGGUUAAGGCUCUGGGUUACUGGUCAGAUCAAUCCCCAGCACUGCCAAGCUGCCACUGUUGGGCCCCUGAGCAAGGCCCUUAACCCUCUCUGCUCCAGGGGAGCUAUAUCAUGGCUGACCCUGUGCUCUGAACCCAAGCUGGGAUAAGCAAAGAAAAGAAGUUCUCUGUACUGUAAUGUAUAUGUGACAAGUAAAUGCUUCUAAAAAUAA